AUGUCAUACUCUCAUUCUAGCCGGUCUGAGCAACUGGGGCUUCCAGAGUAUCUAAUACCAAAAGCGAUGUUGGAUACUCGUGACAGGUUCGAUGCAAAUAAUAAAGCACACCACUUCAAGGAGCGGCCCCAUAUUCAGACUGAUUUGGCACCUUCUCAUGUGUUUCAAUCAAAUAAUAGCCCUGCAAAGUCCGCUCUGCUGUUAACAUAUGAAUCUGCCCUGGUCCCUUUCAUGCAGAGUCAAUCACCGUCUUUCGAGAAACAACCAGAAAAAAUACCCCCAUAUCCUGUUGCACCCGCUUUUCCUAGCACAGACAGUCUUGGUGAACCUUACCAAGAACGUCGCCGAGCAGAAACAGAGCCAAGAAACGAUUAUCAACAGACUCUUGCCCCUCAGAAGGUGCAUCAUUCCCAAAACCAAGGCACGAAUUACUUACCGGACCAAUUCCACGCCCAUAAGUCUCAACAUGAGUCUCGCCAAGGUCGUCCUAACUAUGCGGCACAACCUUCGUAUCCUUCAAAUCCUGGGCCCCCGAAAUCAUAUUCGUCAACAGCCGAGAGAACGCAACAGGGUCAUUACACAACUUCUAACCAGCCGUAUGGUGCUCAGAAUGGAUCACAGUACAGUUCACAACAUGGCGCAGGAUUGCUGUACCAACAGUCUCAGCAGCAUCAGGCGAGCCAGUACGGAUCUCAAUAUGCUUCCCAAACCAGAUCUCAGUACACAGGGCCACAGCAUAUACCCCAACAACCUCUUCCAAAUAUGCAACCUCACCCUGCCCAAGGAUCACACCCUGCUCCCAAUUCUGGAAAUCCAUACGGACAACAGUGGGGACAUGGAAACCAACUUGCAACACCGCAUAUGGCCCAACACGGAGCUCAAUAUGGAUCGGCCGCGCAUCAUGCCAGGAGAAAGCCUCCUGGUAGUACUUUGGGAACUGAUCUUCCCGAAGGCAGAAGAGUGGUGACCUCUCCAAAUAUGUCAAAUGCAAAUGGGUUUGGGCAACCCUCUCCCAAGAAAGAAGUACUGUCCCGAACAAAGUCCUUGUCUUCGAACUCCUUGAAACAGAACCUGAUAUCUAGUAACACUGGACCCACAUCGAGUCCAAGAACAAAUAUGUCGGGGAAUAGCCCAUACUUUUUCCUUGUCAUCUAA